CAGUGUGGUUGCCAGGCGCUGCAGGGUCACUGCGUGGGAAGUUGCUGAAAUUUCACAGCGUCACAGUUUUCGACACCAUCGCGGCGGCGGCAGCUCGACUUCAGCACCGAGCUUUCGGUCGUCCUGUGUUCCGAGUCAUGUGAGAGAAGGAAAGCUGGAAGAAAGAAACAAAGAAAAAACUCAACAACCCGGUUCGCUUUGUUACGUCUAACGGAUCGGAUCGGACCGGACCGUCGCGUGCGCUGUUUGUUUAUUUAUUUAUUAAUCUACAAGAUCUGUCAUCUAAUCUAGCAGUUUAGCGGCUAACACGGCUAGCUUAGCACUCAUCACACCAUUAGCACACACUUCUGGCUCACGUCGCCGGGGUAUCGAUCGAUCAAUCCCCCUGAUUUACAGCACGCAAAAGUCAACUAAAUGAUUAUGGAGAGGAAGAGGAUCGACUGCCCGGCUCUGCCCCCGGGCUGGAAGAAAGAAGAGGUGAUCCGGAAGUCGGGACUCAGUGCUGGCAAGAGUGAUGUUUAUUACUACAGUCCAUCAGGGAAGAAGUUCCGGAGCAAACCUCAGCUGUCCCGAUACCUCGGGAACACGGUGGAUCUGGGAUGCUUCGACUUCCGGACGGGAAAGAUGAUGCCUAGCAAAAUACAGAAAAGCAAACACCGGCUUCGCAGCGAACAUCUCAGUCUGUCCAAGGGAAAACCGGACUUGAACACAGCACUGCCCAUCCGACAGACAGCCUCCAUUUUCAAACAGCCCGUCACCAAAGUGGUCAACCAUCCCAACAACAAAGUCAAGACAGAUCUACAGCGAGCAACCGAACAGCCUCGGCAGCUCUUCUGGGAGAGGAGGUUGAAAGGUUUGAGGUCGUCGGACAUCACGGAAGAGGUUCUCAGGACUAUGGAGCUUCCUAAAGGUUUACAAAGCGUAGGUCCGGAUUCGUCAGACGAGACGCUGCUGUCGGCCAUAGCCAGCGCUCUACACAUGAGCUCAGGCCCCAUCACGGGUCAGUCGUCCACCGCAGCAGAGAAAAACCCUGCUAUCUGGCUCAACACCUCCCAGCCACUCUGCAAAUCCUUCAUCGUCACCGACGACGACAUCAGGGAGCAGGAGCUGAAGGUGUACCAGGCCAGGAGGAGUCUAGAGGAGGCUCUGAUGGCUGAUGGUUUGGCGCGGGCCGCCGAAUCUGCCAGAGACGUAGAGGGCAGAGCGGCGUAGAGACUCCAGCAGAAUGCACUGAAAUCAGGCCACACCCCCUCAGAGAUGAUGUCAUCAAUCUGUACCCGGACCCGUCCCACAGACCUAAGCACACUUUACAUGCCCACGGACAAACGGCUUCAACCAAGGCUUUUUCUUUCCUCCUCCUUCUUCUUCUUUUUUUUUAAUAUCUAGAGCAUAUAUUUUUGUGUACAUAUCUAUAUGAUUCAGAAUAAUGCUUAUUUUGUGUGCAAAAAAAAUCGAAGACAGACCUUUUUUUCUACAGGAAAACCAUGAGCAAUACUUCUGAAAAACUGAGUCAGGUUGCAAUCUGCUGGAUUUGUAUUGCUAACUUUUUUUUUUUUCAGUCUGCGAAAGUUUCGUUAGGGAUUCGUUCUUUUUCAGGGUUUGUAACGAAUAAUGCAUUUACAUCCUUAUUAAUGAGAACUUGCUUAUUUAAGAGAAAUAAUUUUAUACCUUGGAAUAAAAAAAUACUUGUACAUUUUGUGCAUCAUAAUAGAAGAAAUAAAUAAUAAUGUUCACA